GCAAAUCUCGCUCUCGAGCCUCGCACUUCCGACUGGCGCGGAUGCCUCGCUCAUUUGAGUUUCGACUUUGGUUUAUUUCACUUCUUCUGGCGCCAAGUGCCGCCGAGCGAGAGAUUUUUAUCAGAGCUGAAGGGAAACUCGGAUUUUCAUUUUUCUUCCUUUCGGUGGUUUCGGUGUGAAGUGCGCGCGGCGAAGACGGACGAUGUAGCGAUUUCGCCGCUGAGUGGAACUAUGCGAUGGGAAUGAGUUUCAGUUAUUCCGUUUCUGUGCAGUGUGAUAUGAUAAUGGAUCGAAGCCACCCCGGAGAUUUUAUUCGUGCUCGUUUACGCCUGAGCGGAGCAUGAUUAAAAUCAAGAUUCGCUACAAGAUUAUUCGAAAGUUUCACCGAACGAAGAGUGCCCGCUCUAAAUAAACUAGCCUUGCUCGAUUUCUCGUCGCGUUUCGGUCGCCUUUUUCAAUACAGUUUCCAGUUAGCGCGUGUGAAAUUUUUAUCUCGUCCGCUGAUUCUCUCAUCUCGCGUUAUUGAAUUUAAAGCUCGGUUUGUCGAGCGAUCACUAUUGCAUGGGACCGCGUCGAGACUGGGGAAAAAAUACGCGCGCGAAUUUAUCUUUAGCCCGCGGACGCCCAACGUGUACGUAUAUUAAAAGCAGCCGUUGAAAAUAAAGAGACCAAUCGGUCCGCGUCUAAUCGAUAGAGCGACGAUAAAGAAAACGGACGCGCCCAAAUACCCUAUACCCGAAACUUAAUUUCCCUUCAACCGUCGUCCUCUGGAAAAACAAAGCGUUCGCCUCGGCGGCAACCGAGAUUUUUCCUCGGCACGACGCAUCCGCGAGCGGGAAUCCGCCAGUACGCAAACUAGAACCGGGCCAGACGGGAGGGGGGAGACGAGGAUCGACUCGCGGGGGUGCCGUGGCGUUUAGUGUUUCAGGGCUUUCAACGUAGAGGGACCGGCUGGCUGCACUCGAAGGAAGGAAGCAAGCAGCAGGAAGGAGAAGGAGAGCAUGGAGACGGAAGGAGGAGCUUUUGAUCUGCCGGAGCUUUGGAGCCGAGCCAAGGAACGCAGCCGCCGCCGCCGCCGCCGCGGCGCAGCUACUGCCGCAGCUGAUAUAGGAUACAGGAUAUAGGAUACAGGAUACGGGAUACAGACAUAUACGUGUGCGCCGAGGAGGACGAGUAGUCCUGCACCGCAACGCCACCGACACGACACCAGCAUCGCUAAUAAGCCAGCGGAGGCAAAAGAAGACGACGUCUCGACUUUUUAUCGAUAGAAUGGAGCAUGACCCGUAGCGGCGGAUCAUCGGCCCAGGAGCGAGUCCAGCUCGGUCCGACAGUGUCGUCGUCGUAGAGACUCUUUCUCUCUCUCUCUCUCAAGAGGGAGAGAGAGUUCGGUGUGAGAUAGUGCGUUGGUGAAAGUAAAAGUUACGCGCAGUGAGAACAGUUCUACGCAGCCGGGAAAACGUUUCCUCGACACGACAACUCUAAUGGCAUCGGCGACGAUGGGCCUGCGUCGACGCGUCCAGGUCGGCAGUAGCAGUUCCUCGUCCUCGGUGAGCCCGAGCAGCAGCAGCAGCAGCAGCGGGGGCAAGCGCACGCGCUCGGACAACAACAACAGCCCGUCCCAGGGCAACCUCAACUCGCUGGGCGAGCCCGCGCCGAAGAAGUCCCGCAGCAGCUCCCGAGCGGCCGCACUCAAGGCCAAGGAGCUCGAGAUGGCUAAGAAGAGCGCGAUCACGGGCCCGCCGCACUGGAUGGACCCACGGCCCUACGCCUCGAUCGCGGGCCUGACGCCCGAGGCCCAGCGAGCCCUCAUCCCCGAGUCCUUGCCGUCGCCCAUCGCCUUCAUGUCCACGUCGAUGGCCACCUUCGUGGGCAACGCGGCGAACCUCGGCAAGAGCCCCUCGGUCUCCUACCUCGACAUCAGCAACAUGACGGCCCGGCCGCCGAACUGGGACGGGGCCGAUGGCAAGAACCCCCUGGCGGGCCUGCCCUUCGCCCCCAGCUCCCUCACCGGCUCGGGGGCCUUCACCUCCACGGCCAGCAAGAGCAGCGGCAGCCCGACCAGCUCCGCGAGCGAGAUCGCGCCGAGCCAGUCGACGACGCCGUCGUCUACCUCGACCUCCGGCCAACAGCUGCCCAAGAACUUCCCCAACGACUCGAUGUUCAACGCCUACCAGCCGUGGGUGAUCAAGACCUACGGCGACCUCGCCAAGACCAAGACCAUAACCAUCAAGAAGUACGCGAGGAUCCUGAGGACCCUGCGGGGCGAGGAGGUGAACAGCGCGGAGAACAGCAAGUUCCGCUUCUGGGUGAAGAGCAAGGGAUUCCACAUCGGACAGCCCGAGGGCUACGAGGCCAAGCCCGCGGACAGGAUCGUCGGCAGGCACGCCGUCACUAAUCCCGGCCUCGAUCCGCCGCUUUACGUGCCCACUCAGCCGCCGCACAAUAAGGCUCUAAACGGAGCGGAAGGUACGGUGCCACCGGGAAGGGUCUACAAGAAGGUCGCCAUAGUCGAGAACUUCUUCGACAUCAUCCACGCUGUCCACGUCGACCUCGAAGGUCGUCCCGGGAAGCACGCUGGACAAAAGCGCACCUACAGAACGAUCACAGAGACGUACGCGUUUCUACCGCGCGAGGCUGUCACGCGAUUUCUCCUGGGCUGCACCGAGUGCCAGAGACGACCCAGGACGCCCAGCCCCACGAGUCUCGCGGUUUCAAGUCCACCGGCGCCGGCCUCUACGCCCACACCUACGGCCACGACUCCGACACUGACUACCGCUGCUGCUGCGGCUGCUACUACUAGUACUACCACUGCUACGGUAACGACUGAAACUGUAGAAGUUGCCAAUACGGAGUUGCCGCCCGUGGAGAAGCCGGACAGUCCGAAGCCGGCCACUGCUCUGACGAGCCCCGAGGGCGAGGCGAAGGAGAGUAAUAGCGAGAAGCCCAGGGAGGCCAGUCAUCCGCCGGAGAGCGAGAGCCCCGCUGUGGAGAUUGUCGAGACGAAAGUAGAGCCCAAGAGCGAGGAGGAGUCGAGUGUUUCAGCUACUGCUGCUGCCCCUGCCACGACUGUCUCUGCUGCUGCCACAACCGGCCAGCAAUGCAAUACGUCGACCGAGACCGUCAGUUAUGCCAGUAGCGGCUGCCAAGUGGUAAACAGCAAACCCAAGAUCAGGGACGAGAAGUACAAUCCGCUCAGCAUAACGAAUCUCCUGAGAAAGGAUCCACCUGUCUCGAGAAGACCGCCCCUGCCCAUCAUCACCACAACCUACCAGCACAUUCCGCAGCCUCUGACUACCACGACUACGGCGACCACGACCGCACCGACGAGCUGUCUGUCUCCUCCCACGACGAGCCACAGCGGCUUGGCUCACUCUGAAAGUAUCAGCAGCAGCAGUCCCUCGACGACGACAACGACGAGCGUCGCUAUUCCCAAGAAGCAUCGAAUUCUGCCCGAGGACCACGUGCGCAGGUCGACGCCGUCGCCGCGAGCAGCGGUUCGACCCUGGAGUCCGAGCGCUGAAACUCCGAAAUGCGCGCCCAUCGAUUACAGCCGAUCCAUCGUUCCGUCGGCGGCGUCGUAUCUCAAGCAUCAGCAGGCGGCCAGCGGGCUCGCCCAGAAGACAGUAGCAACGGAGAGUUCCGAGGUAGCCCCGAAAGCAACCGAAGCAUCGACCAUGGAAGAAACGGCGAAACCAAAAACGGAGAGCGGCAGCGAUAGCGAGAGCGAGGCGGACGAGGACAGAGGCUUCGCACCGGCAGCAGGUCUCAUCGACACGAACCUCAACCUGCUGGCGACGAUCCAGCAGCUGCACUGCCAGGUCAUGCUCGCCCUCACCGAACGACUACGUCCGCCCGUAGCCAACAGUCCCUCGGCCGCAACCGCUGCCACCGCCACCAGCAGCAGUAACGGAAGCGCCAGUCAAGAUUCCUGAGAAAUACCGGCGCCGCCGCCGUCGCAACCCCCGCCAGCCGCGAAGCGAUGCAGCUUCAGCAUCGACGCUCUUGUAAAUAAUAAACUGUAAAAUAGACGUGGAGGAAGGAGGAGGAAAGUUCAAGAAAGGGGGAGGCGGCGAGCGAGCGCUCGGCACUGUAAUUAUUUGAGAGGAAGAAGACAGAAGAACGUGGGAGGAGGAGGAGGAGAAGAAGAGAGAAGAAGGCGGUUGUUUGCUCCAUUUGUUAGCUGACGUAGAGAGAUUAUGUCGUAACGUAAAAAAAUGUAAACAUGUAUGUAUCGCGCACACACGACCGCAUCGUUUCCAGUGAUGUACCAUUGAUUAUAUAAUAUAUGACGCUAUAUUUAAAGAAUUGCGCAUGGGCCUCGAGAGGUGAUAUGAAAAUAUAUGAAAGUAAAGACACAGA